AUGCCAUUUUUGGAUAGAACAAGCGAGAUUCAAUCUAUUAUACAGAAUCAACAACAAAAGAAACAAUAUGAACAAUCGGAAACUGUAAAAAAGACAAAGAAGAAAUCGGAUAAGGAUGUCACUGUGGCCGAAUUUAAUGGUAAGGCUAGACAAGUAUCAAAAGAAUUACAGGAAACUGCUGAUUUAUUACAAAAAUUGACCAAGUUGGUUAAGAAAAAGACACCCUUUGAUGAUAAUUCCGAAUUGAUAAAAUCUUUAACGUUAAAAGUUAAAGAACAAUUGUCAAAUCAAGAUUAUUCCCUAAGAAGUCUUCAGGAAAUUGUUGAUAAAAAGCAGGAAAAGGAAAAGAAGAGUAAUCAACAAACUCAACAUUCUACCCAAAUAAUUACAGGACUUAAUUCUAAACUGCUUUAUGCCACUGAACAAUUUCAAAAUGUCUUGAAAACAAGAACAACACAAAUGAAAACUGACAAAAAAAGAAGAAAUAUGUAUACAUUCGAGUCUGGUGUCAAAUCGAUAUCAUCACUAACAGUAGCUGCAUCACCAAAUAACCACAGUCAAUCAGGCAACAAUAUGAUGGCAGCUGGAUCGAGCGACGAGCCAUCUAUUCAAAAUGAAAAAAUUGAUGAACUCAUUUCUGAAGGAAGUCAAUUACAACAAGCCAACGCUUCAUCAAUUAAUAGAAAUAUAUUAGCCAGUAGAACAGAUGAUAUUCUGAGUAUUGAACGUGAGGUUGAAAAAUUGGGAGGAAUGUUCAACCAUUUAGCCAUGAUGAUCAAAUCUCAUGGUGAAUUAACUCAGAGAAUAGAUCAAAACCUUACUACAGCAGCACACGAUUUAGAACAAGGUAAAGAGGAAUUGUGGAAUGUUUGGGAAAAUACCAGAGGAAAUACUGGCUUGAUUCUCAAAGUUUUUGGAGUGCUCGUCAUAUUUAUUAUCAUUGUUGGCUUACUUGUUGUGAGAUAA